GCCGCAAAAGGCGGCAACUCUAUUUUUUUCACUGAAUUUUGAAACGUCAAAAACGUUAAACGUGAUUUGCACUUUUAAAGCCUUCAUUUGAGUUAAAAAUUUAUUAAAAUUAACAAAAUGGCCCAAGUGCAAGCAACAGCGCGUCCACCAAUGGAUGAAGAACGUGUGCGGGCACUAAAGAACUACCGUGCCAAAUUGCUUGAGCAUCGUGAGUUAGAAUCUGGCUUAAAAGCGUUGCGCGACAGGCACAAGGCAUCCCAGUUAGUAUUUGAAAAGUCGGAGGAUGACCUGAAGGCAUUACAAAGCGUAGGCCAAAUGCUGGGUGAGGUGCUCAAGCAGCUUACUCCUGAUAAUUUUAUUGUCAAGUCGGCAAAUGGCCCACGCUAUGUGGUUGGCUGUCGCCGGCAGCUCAACAAGGAAAAGCUGAAGGCCGGGACUCGUGUCGCUUUGGAUAUGACAACUUUGACCAUAAUGCGCUUUCUUCCCCGUGAGGUGGACCCAUUGGUGUAUAAUAUGUCGCAUGAGGAUCCGGGCAACAUUGACUAUUCUGCCAUAGGUGGACUUGCUGACCAGAUACGCGAGCUGCGCGAGGUUAUUGAGCUGCCCCUCAAUAAUCCAGAGCUCUUUUUGCGCGUGGGCAUCAAUCCACCCAAGGGCUGUCUACUGUAUGGUCCACCCGGCACGGGUAAGACUUUGCUGGCACGUGCUAUUGCCUCGCAGCUGGACGCCAACUUUCUAAAGGUCGUCUCCUCGGCCAUUGUGGACAAGUAUAUUGGCGAAAGUGCACGUCUGAUACGUGAAAUGUUCUCCUAUGCACGUGAUCAUCAGCCGUGCAUUAUAUUUAUGGAUGAAAUCGAUGCUAUAGGCGGACGUCGCUUCUCCGAGGGCACUUCGGCUGAUCGCGAGAUUCAGCGCACGCUUAUGGAGCUGCUGAACCAAAUGGAUGGCUUCGAUGCUCUGGGCCAAGUUAAAAUCAUAAUGGCUACCAAUCGCCCAGACACCCUAGAUCCAGCACUAAUGCGUCCCGGGCGCCUGGAUCGUAAACUUGAAAUUCCAUUGCCCAAUGAAAUGGCCCGUUUGGACAUUUUGAAGAUACAUGCUGCCCCAUUAGCCAAGAAAGGCGAAAUCGACUAUGAAGCUGUCGUUAAGCUCUCGGACCAAUUCAAUGGCGCCGAUCUGCGUAAUAUCUGCACCGAGGCGGGUCUGUUUGCCUUACGCGAAGACCGCGAGUAUGUCAUACAGGAGGAUUUCAUGAAGGCUGUACGCAAGACUGCCGACAACAAGAAGCUUGAAACCAAACUGGACUACAAGCCCAUCUAAACAAAUCACUUUAAUAUGUAAAUAGAGCAUAAGCGCUGAACAUGUAAUUUGUUAAUUGCAUUUAAGAGAUGUUAGAUAAGCAGGCCACUUAAUCGAAUGUCAUUAAAUCGCUGCUGCGCAUAGUUUAGUG